GUAAAAAUGUAGGGGCACGCGCAGAUCUUCUCGGGAUUCGUUCGGCCGAUCCCCACUCAGUCGUUUCGGGUGCUCCAUGUUUCUCGUUUCACAGUGCGGACCCAAGAACUGCACAAAGCGCAAUGUACGUGCGCCAUUGCUGUCGAGAAGAGCUGCGAAAAGUUCUAUCAAAGUAUAUUCGGUUUUCACGUUACAAACCGACUUUAAAUGCAGAAUAACGUAAUAGAAUUAACGCAGAAACUACUACGAUCAUUGGAUAGCAAUUAUAAUGUCAUCGAUAUGCCGGCGGUCGUCGAAAUUAUAUCGCAGUUGGAAAAAGUGGCUAUUACCAAAGAGUUACUGGAGACCACCAGAUUGGGCAAAUACAUAAAUGAACUACGGAAGAAAACCACAAAUGAAGCACUGUCCAAAAGAGCAAAAGAACUGGUGAAAAAAUGGCGGAACGCCGUUUUGCCUGAGUCAAACGGACAGAUAAAGCAAACCACGAGUCCCCCUUUGGCAACGCAGGAGGAUGUCAACCUCAACCAAUACAAGGCGUCGAAAAAACGGCCGGCCAAAGAGCCUCCCGAUCUCAAUGCGGUAGCCCUAAAAAGGCCUAAGUUGAACGGGGGCAUCCCAGAGCUCGAUUUCUCAGAUAACUCCAAUUCGAGCUUCAAAGAUGUGAUAGCUAUGAAACAGCAACACCAGCAGAUGGAACCAAAAUUGCAGCAGCAGGCAAAAGAAAGAGAAGUGAUUGUUAUAAAUUCAGAUUCGAAUUCGAGUUUGCCGGAGAAAGGCGAUCCACCAUUAGAUCAACAAAUGCCCAAAAAACGGGGGAGGAAAAAAGGCUCGAAGAAUCAUAAGAAUCUUAUUGACGAGGCGGAAACUUCGUUCACGAACAAGUUGGCUGUGUCCCGGGGCAACUCUAAGGUGAAGACCACUCAAGAGUUGAUAGCCAGCUUGCAGAACAAAAGCUCAAACCCUGUUGUGAAUUCCAUAUCGACGAAGCCAAAGGAAGAUCUGAUGGAGAAGGCUGCCAAGCUGACUGAGCGCGUUUCCAUGAUUGAUCAACAGUUGAAUACUAGUGGGACCAGGAGUAAGAACUCGCGCAAGCUUAAGGCGGAGAGGAACGAGCGGGUCAUCGAAUCGGGCUCCGUGAUCAAUGACAAGAGUUUGCUGUUGAAGAAAGAGGAAGAAGAUGAAGAGGAUGAUGAUGAAGAAGAUGAUGAUAUAAACGUAGUUGACGAGGAGCCCGAGAAUGUGAAGAAAGAGAUAAAUGAAGAAACGGAGAGUAAAGAGACUGAAAAUGUGAACAUUAUCACUUCUCUAUGUGUGGAAGAGGCCUUGGCGUUAUUGCCACCCAUCGACAAGUCUGUCUUAUUAGAAGAUGAGGAUGAGGUGCACUGUACGUGUAUCCUGAAAGAAACGAAAUCCGAUUUUUCGGUGGAAGAGAACACGGAACCUGUGAUGCUCGAGCGCAGGUACGAAUUCCUCGAAGACGGGAACUGUCCGGCGCGCGAACAUCUGCAUCAAAAGUACCACCUGGAUCACGUCACCGAGGAGCAGGCCCGUCGGUUGCACGCUGUUAACAUACCGAACCUGAACGGCAACUGGAGUUUGUCUACUCCCAAGGAGGAGCCCCAGAUGCUGGAUAAUGGUCUAUAUGCGAACGUAGUGCCUAACGUGACUAGGGAGUACCUACCGAGAGAGACGAAGUGCUUCGCCAGUGAGAAUUUCAAAAAGUAUAGUUUUUCAGAAAAGGGUGAUACAGGUGGAGGUGAGGAUAGUGGUGUGGUAGUCAAGAAAGAAGAUGUUGAGGAGGAGUGGACGACAGGUGAUGAUAGUGAUACUAGGUGUUUUAGGGAGUGGCACGAUGUCAUUGCGACGCACUCCUAUAAUGGUGAAAUUUUAAAAAUUUUGCCAUAUUGCAUUAUAGAUUAAAAAUGCUAGUCUUUAUUAUUAUGUAUGUUAUAUAAACUGCAGGCAAAAGUUGGAGGAGAUCGGUUAUUUUAUUAAGUAUGAUUACUGAGAGGGCAAAAAGGCUAUUUCUUUGAAAUUUUGGUAUGUGCUGCAAAUAUUACACAAUUCACAAUAUGAAAUAAACAGGUGAUUCUGUGAUACUUUUUCAAAAUUCAUAAGAGGUCUUGCCAAGUAAGGUCAAACAUAAAUCAUAAGAAAAAGCAAAAAAGUAUUAUAAUAAUAAUAAUAAUAAUAAUAAUAAUAAUUUAUUGGUACUAUUACACAAAAAUGUGUUUGCACAGGUCAUUUAAAGUAGAACAUAAAAGAGUAAGUAAAAGUAACAAACAAUACGAAAAUAAGACAAACGUAAAACACAAAGUGGCAAUAAAAGGUAAAAAAAAACUUGAUAAAACUAUUUUAAAAUUUAGAGGAACAAUAAAAUAAGAUGGUUAAAAAAUUAUGAAAUACUAAUCAUUUUUUCAUGUUUGUAC